AUGGCGGAACUAAGCGCUUAUCGGGAUCAGCAUUUUAAGAAUUAUAAUAUCACUUUAAAUUAUUAUGGCAGUUAUAUAUGUUGUGUUUUAAUUUUUUUCCAACAGUGUAGUUACGAAGGUUGUACUUUCAAAGCUGGAAGGAAGGUUCUCAAACUGCACUGGAUACAGACUCAUGAAACAGGCAGGAUGAAGAUCAAGCUUGAUACAGAUGAAGAAAUAGCAAAGUGGAGAGAAGAACGAAAAAGGAAGUAUCCAACUGUUGCUAAUGUGGAAAGAAAGAUGGCAGAAGAAGCUAAGAGGAAAGCAUCUGGCCAUGUUUUGAAGACCAAGAAUUUCAGAUACCGCAGAGGCCAGCGAGGUGGCAGAACUUUUCAAAGAGGUGGCAACAAACACUUCAGCAAUAGAGUUCAAACAAGGAAUGAUACUGAGAGUUCAAAUACCAUGGACACAGCAAAAAAUCUUACUAAAGAACAGAGCCAUGAUGGAGACAAUGAAAGCAAAUCAGAAGAUCCUACAACACUGGAAAAUGGGGCAGAUCCUCUUUCAUUGGUACUUGAUGGUUCUUAUAAAGAAGAGGAUGAUGCAGGGAGUGAAAUUAAAGAGAGGUUACCUGCCCCAAAGAUAUUACCCAGCCCAACAUCAGAAGCAGUUCCUUCCACUGCAAUGUCUGGAUUCUCUGGAUUAGGUUCACUCUGUUCAGCAUAUGCUAGCGAAUCUGAGGAUGACCAAGCACCAGCAGAAAUUAACAACAACAAACACAAAGAUUGUUCCCUGAAGGAGAAACUCGACAAAAAUUCGACAAAUGAGCCUGAAGUUGGAAAAGCUGAGAGCAGUACACCUCAUUCACGACAUGACGUGAAACAAGGUGCACACGGCAGAACAAAGAGAACACGCAGGAGAUCAAAGAAAUGUAUCACAAAGGCAAACUCUAAAUCCAUGGGAAUAAGGAAAUCAACUCUCUUAGAAAAGCUUUUGGCCCCAGAAAUCCGUCAUGAAAGAAAUGUGAUUCUUCAGUGUUUGCGGCACAUUGUGAAGAGGAACUUCUUUGAUGUUGGAGACACUAAACUGCCUGCAGAAAAUAUUGUUAAAAAUGAAAUUUGUGAUGACUUUGUAAAUUUUCUUGUUUGUAAGGUUUAUAAACUAUCUAUUUUUGUGAUUCCAGGGAGUGAAAUUAAAGAGAGGUUACCUGCCCCAAAGAUAUUACCCAGCCCAACAUCAGAAGCAGUUCCUUCCACUGCAAUGUCUGGAUUCUCUGGAUUAGGUUCACUCUGUUCAGCAUAUGCUAGCGAAUCUGAGGAUGACCAAGCACCAGCAGAAAUUAACAACAACAAACACAAAGAUUGUUCCCUGAAGGAGAAACUCGACAAAAAUUCGACAAAUGAGCCUGAAGUUGGAAAAGCUGAGAGCAGUACACCUCAUUCACGACAUGACGUGAAACAAGGUGCACACGGCAGAACAAAGAGAACACGCAGGAGAUCAAAGAAAUGUAUCACAAAGGCAAACUCUAAAUCCAUGGGAAUAAGGAAAUCAACUCUCUUAGAAAAGCUUUUGGCCCCAGAAAUCCGUCAUGAAAGAAAUGUGAUUCUUCAGUGUUUGCGGCACAUUGUGAAGAGGAACUUCUUUGAUGUUGGAGACACUAAACUGCCUGCAGAAAAUAUUGUUAAAAAUGAAAUUUGUGAUGACUUUGUAAAUAAAUCAUGAAAAAUAAAUUACCACAGCAAUAACUGUGAGCAUGAAGUUACUGUACUAUAAUAUUUAAUUUUAUAAUCCGUCAAACAUUUCAUUUGUACUUGCUCAUGCUUGGCCUAAGUGUGUCUUGUGACUGAAUAUGCUCCAGCUACACCCGGGGAAUAUCUGAGUGAUAUUCCCCAAGUUUCAAAAGAUCCUCUGUGUUGCAAAAAAUAUUUCAAGGAUUAUAAAUACAAUAGCCUCCAUUUGACUUUUCAGGUAUUUGUACUAGGACAUCAUUUGUUCCUCAAAGCUCACAGUUUUCCUCAAGCUUUGUUCUUGGUGCAAAUAAUGUCUGCGAACAAAAUAUCCAAGCAUAUUUUUACACCACAUGGAGGCUAUUAUUUAUCUAGUCAUUAACUAAGAUAACUAUUUUUUAAUCUUAUACUAACAGUAAGUUUACUCCAAAUUCCAACAUUAGCAAUGCCAAAAUUUUAUUGAAAAGAAAUGGUAGAAAAAAAAACUUAAUACAUAAAAUGGUUAUUUUAAAGUGGUUACUACAGCUGUGAGACUUUAACAAUUCCUGAUUAAAAUAUUACGCCGUACUAAACAAUGUAUUGAUGCUUCAGCAUGCUUUAUGGAGUAAUAACGCACGCGAGAAGUUUGGAGAACAUGAAAGAAAUCUAACAGUUGUUUGAGGUGCCGCUGAGAGCAACUCUUUUCUUCUUGAGUGAUCUCUAAACUUCCCACAUGCAUCAUAACUUGAUGAUGCACAGCCCAAAGCAUAGCCUGCACUGCAGGUAUUAAUUUGGAAUGGAACGCUCGAUAGACCAGGUUUUUAAUGCCACCAUGUUGGAUUGUAAAUUGGACGCUUGACUGGUAGAGGGUUGGGGCAACCACAGAUACCAAAUCCAAGAUGGUGGCCUAAUACGAAAACUGCGCACUCACACACCAAUAAUACACCUGUGCUACAGGCUACCCAAAGCAUGAAUUGAUUGUUUGAGAAGUAAAAGUAUGACUAAUCCAGUCAUGCAAAAAAAAAAAAAAAUCUCUCUGGUGAAGCAAAGUUGACUUGGGUCACCCCAUAAGCAUGCAUCACUUGGUUAUGACACACACACUUACUUGCACUGAGUUUGAUAGAGUGGGUUUGCUUGGUAUGAUGAUUAUGUUAAAAAACAACCUUCAAGUUUAAGUGGAAAUAUAACACAUCAACUACACAACCAGCAAUAAUUUAUGUCUAAGACAGGGAUGGUGAUUUAAUGGACAGGCUCGGAGGCCACUAUCACCAGAACCUAGUUUCCAUGUCACAAAAAAUACCAGAGAGUUGGGAUUGUGACUUUUUCCCAACUGUCCCAGAUGUACCCAAUUGGCCAUUUUGGAGUUGUGCAGGGAACUGGGGUGAGUAUCAGAUUUUAACAAAUUGAUAAACUUGACACUACCACCACAUGAAAGAUCACAUUCUGAUUGGUCACUUGACCAAGAUCAAUACUUUUAAUGUGAACAGAGGCCAAGCUAUGGACUUUGAAACAUGGUUCAAAAUCCAUACAAACAUCUCUCAUUUUGAGACAGCAACCCAAGCGCCCCCCAUCUCUUUUGGUUCAUUUGUUGAUUUUGGAAAAUAAUAUUUCGACUUUGGAAAAUACUAUUUAAUUUUCAUCUGGUUCUGGCUGGUAAUGGUAAGCUCUCCUGGCCUAUUCCCGACAUACCAGAUGAUUUCGGAAAUUUUUAGGAGUCAGGAUUGUCUGUGACAAUCAAGAAACAAAUAUGUAAAGCCUAACCCAACAUCAUGGGUGAUUUUCCCAAAAUGAAAACCAGCUUUAGCUGAGACACUGUCUGCCAAGCUAGUGAGCGAUUAUCGAUGUAAACACGACAAGCCUGGGUUCCCUUUAAGGGAUCUUCGCAAGUAUUAAAUUUCACUAUUCUACACCUGUUCAGUUAAAACUUGUGUCUGACCAAAGCAUGCAACAUAAUCUCCCCUUAGAAUCUUAUACUGAUAGUUCUUAUGUUGAUAGUCAUUCUUGUAGUGGCCACAUCAUUACAUCUUAAGCAGACAGCAUGAGCAACAUCAAGAAUCCAUUCCUGCCUACACAUGCUUGAACAACACAGGUAUCCAGAUCUUGCGUUAACCGUCAGAUUACAUUGAAACAACAGUGUUUCAAGUCAUC